AUAUGUAGCUGGUACAAAAGAUGUUAAAACGGCUGUUUUCGACUCGCCCGCCGUAGGGCAAAUGUGACCGGGGUGUCACUGGCUGUUUUUGUAAAAAUUUAAAAAAAAUGAAGGAAAAUCUUAUCACAUGGGGCAUUAAAGGUCACAUUGAAACAUUCUAAAACCAGAUGAAUCAAAUUUCAAUCGCAUUGUGCGAAACAAGUUGUGAUAAUAUUGACCCAGCCGGAACACGCACAAUAUCAAAGUUCAAGAGAAUAAAAUGAUGGAGGCCAAUAACUUGAAAGCUCGAAGAAAGACCUAGCUUCGGGGGAAAGGAAUAGGGCCUACUUCCGUGAAACAACCCAUUCGCUCUUAAACAUAAUUAUCAUACAAUUCUCUCUCGAUAGAGAGAUGUCAAACUAUUGUCUUUGGAUAUUGGUACAUGUAGACCAUCGACGGAUUUAGUUUUAGUUGCAUCUCUCCACUUCAUUACAAAGUAUUUCAAUUAUGUUUAAACUUGACGACCUUCUACGGGAACUUGGUGAGUUUGGUCCCUACCAGAGGAAGGUGUUUGCAAUCACCAGCACCGUGGUCUUCUUCUCUUCCUAUGCGUCGAUGAUUAUUCUCUUCUUUACGCCGAACGUUGAUCACUGGUGUGAGACUCAAGAUAAGUCAUUUUUGAAAGCUUGUGAGGGUGCUGGAUUUGAUCUGCAGGAUUGCCAGAUUGCCAAGAAGAAUGCAAGCAUCCCUGCGAACUAUACAUCAGACGGAAAGCUGAUCUAUGCACAAUGUCAGAAAUAUAAUGUGUCAGGAGUGGGAUUCUGGCCUGGGAUGGAUCCGUCCAAUUACAGCAGCGAAUCACCACCGCAGAUUAUUCCAUGUGAUCAGGGAUGGGUCUAUGAUACCAGCCAAUACAAAUCUUCCAUAGUUACAGACUUUGACCUGGUUUGUGGAAAGGAAGAUCUUACUCAGGUGUCUCAGUCAGUGUUCUUUGGUGGAUACUUACUUGGAUCCCUAGUGUUCGGAUCUUUGGCUGAUGUAAUAGGACGAUGGUGGUCUUUGAUGAUCUGUUUGAUCGUACGGCUCAUCACCGGGAUCGCCCUUGCCUUCUCUCCAUCAUGGUGGGUCUUUACUACCAUUCGAUUCAUCCAAGGAUGCGUUGCCGUAGCUACUUACAUUAUCGCUUUCGUCUUAGUUAAUGAAUAUGCAGGUCCAUCCAGACGCUAUAUCACCGGGUUGCUGUUUGGUGUCCCUUUUGCCAUGGGGUAUGUAUCCUUAGCUCUGGUUGCCUACUUCAUUCGCUAUUGGAAGACUCUAGAGAUCGUUGCUACAGUCCCUAUCAUCCUCCUCAUUGUGAUUAUGAUGUUCCUACCCGAGUCGGUGAGGUGGCAAAUAUCUAAAGGUAGAUUCGACCAAGCGGAAAAGACACUUGUAAAAUUAGCAGAGGCUAACAAGAAGACACUCCCAUCACCGAUUUUUACCGAAGAGUUCAAGAACGAAAGGAUAUCAGAGGAUGCAAGGCGUCGAGUAUCAGCUCUGGAUCUCUUCAGAACCCCCAACAUGCGGUUACGAACCAUCAAUCUCAUUUGCAACUGGAUGGUUAACGCAGUGGUAUACCAUGGAGUGUCUCUAAAUACCUCAAACCUCGGUGUCAAUGAUUACGUAGCCUUCGCUGUGGCCGGAGCCGUUGAGAUCCCAUCGUACAUUUUAGCAUCCUUUUUGAUCGAGUUCAUAGGAAGGCCCCGGUGUUUGUGUGGUUUACUCUUACUUAGUGGAGCAUCGCUUCUCUCUACAGCCGUAGUUCCCCCUGGACCGGCACUGACAGUCGUUGCUAUGAUAGGCAAGUUUGGAAUAUCCGCCUCUUUUGGAGUUCUCUAUCUCUAUUCUACUGAACUCUACCCAACAUCGAUCAGGAGUGCUGCAGUGGGUUUAUUUUCAACGUCGUCACGCGUAGCAGGGAUCGUCUCCCCCCUCAUCCUCACGCUCUCCAAGUAUUGGAAUCCCCUUCCUAUGGUGAUCUACGGAGCAGCAGGUGUAGCUGUCGGGUUAUCAACCCUCCUCCUUCCUGAAACUCGGGGGAUGAAACUACCGGACACGUUGGAAGAGGGGGAAAACUUUGAAAUGAAACGAGAAGAAGGCACGGAAGAUGUUUCUUCCAAACCAGAGUAUUUUCCAGUAAGAUUGUCUGAAGAUGAGAAGGAACACGGAGUUUGAGUUUGAAGAAAAGUUCUUGGUUGUCGAAUUUUAUCUUAUCUUAUUCCGUGUACAUAGAUCGUAACUCGUAAAAGCAAUUUCUUUUUAUCUUUAGAUACUAUUGACUUUUUCAUGAUAUGUCCGUGCUGAUCUUUUUUCACCGGCUCUCAAAAGAAAGGAAAUAAUGUUAUUGAUAAUUAUUUUGAUAUCUAAAUUUCGAAAUUAUCUAAAAUGCUAGAAAAAAACAACGCUGAAGUUAAAAGUACAUCGCAUGCUCCAAGAAGAAUUGAUUAAUGUUAUAUCAGACGUUUUCUUACACGACAUGAUGAGUUCAAAAAUUAUUUUGAUACAUGUAAAUGGAAAGGAGAAUAUACAAUGAGAAGAAGCUAGUAAACAGAGGAAAACGGUGUAUAUUAUUCGUUCUUUAUUUCUCGUGCGGGUGGGUGUGUACGUUUGUUUAUGCUCGAUUGGGUUUUGUGCGAGUAGGUGUGAAAAAAUUAUAAACCACCCCAAUAUACACCAAUACUUUUUCAUAUUUUUAUCUUUAAUUGUUUAUUAGAUCUCAAUAAAAGGAUUUGAAGAUAGUAAUUGCAAUAUCAUAAUGUAACCAAGUUGAUCUUCAUGCAGUGAUAAAGCCGGAUAGAGUCACCACCAUUAUAAACCAAUGUAUACAGUGCGUAUAAAAAGUAUACACUUAGAAAUAACCCUGUAAAAUUAUACACUUGUAUUUGUAAUAACCUGAAGCUUUUUCCAUAUUUAAUCAUUGUUACAGAUUUCUUAAAGCAAAUGACGAUAUGACUGUUGAAAAAAUCCGCUGGAGGGAGCAUCGUUUAUUUGAAAAAUUCAUGAAAAAUAUGAUCUGAGCAGAAAUUGAAAAUAGUUGUACGAAUAAAAGAAGACGUUAAUCAUAAAGAACAUAAGAAUUUUGGUUAGAUAUCUAGAAAGACAUCCUCUCCCAGAAUAUUUAAGAGUGUCAUUGCGCCCCCCCCCCCACACACGCACUCACACACAGAGCCCAUCGUGAUGAUAUCUGCUUUACACGGAGCUGUGAUUCACAUGAAAUUGCUUAGGUUUGAUUUUCCUUCUGCUACUCACAGUCAGGCUUGGGAAAAGUGUGGAAGAACAUGUCUUAAAUGCAGCAUAAAAUGUAUACCAACUUUAACGGGAUGCUCCGGGUUGAAAAUAUGUAUGUCUAGAU